AUGGCACGCGUUCUAUUGUAUCAGCAGCGAUUCCCAUCAACGCAGUGCAGAUCUCAGUUUCAAAAUUUGCGGCGAAAGCUCGUCAAACAUGACGAGCGCACCAAGAUGCGGUUGGGCACAUCCCCACUGACUGAGUCUUGGGAUACUGCAGGUCUCAGAGAAGCGAAAGUCAGACUACACGCUCACUCGAAAGAAGGGGGCUGGUGGGAGCCACAGCAGCAGAGUGCUCAUGCCGACCUCGUUGAAGCUGAAGAUGGUAUCUCAGGCGAUUUUGAGAUUUUCAAAGACUCAAUUCUGGCCAUGCACAGCCAUUCGUCGUACUUGCGAUACAUGGUGAUCUUGCUGAGCUACUCCGCAAUCGACGGCGCACAACUGGCACCCGGGAGAGGGCGGCCAGUUAGGCGGCCAGGCCAGGCCAGCGGCAGCAUUCAGAGCUUUUGA